CGAGACAAAUGGGGAAAUGAUGUUGAAUUUUUGAUGUCCUGCAUUGCUCUGUCAGUGGGUUUGGGUAAUGUCUGGCGAUUUCCUUUCAUAGCCUUGGAGAAUGGAGGAGGAGCAUUUCUUAUACCCUACAUUAUAACACUGCUACUGGUUGGUAAGCCCAUUUACUAUUUGGAAAUGAUAUUGGGUCAGUUUUCCAGUCGUGGAAGUGUUAAGGUCUUUGAGUAUGCACCCAUUAUGAGAGGAAUUGGUUACGGUCAAGUCAUUACCACAUUUUUCAUAUCCACCUAUUAUUCAUCAUUGAUGGCCAUUACCUUGCGUUAUGUUGUGGACUCCUUUUAUCCAACACUGCCAUGGAGUUAUUGCCGUGAAGAAUGGGGACCACUGUGCAUUGAUUCCAAGUUGGAAAAGUCUGCAGACAGGCAAGAUUUUUCGGAAGUCAAAAAGACUUCGGCGGAAUUUUAUUUUGUACAUAUAGUUCUCCGUGAAAAACCAUCUAUCGAUGAUGGAAUUGGAGUGCCAAACUGGAUAUUGGCCAUUACAUUGGCUUUUGCAUGGCUGAUAAUUUCAUCGGUCAUAAUUAAGGGUGUCAAAAGCUCGGGCAAGGUUUCUUAUUUUUUGGCAAUGUUUCCUUAUGUAGUUAUGCUGGUAUUACUGAUACGUUCUCUGACAUUGCCGGGAGCAUUCGACGGGGUUUUGUUUUUCCUAACACCUCAGUGGGAUAAACUUUUGGACGCACAUGUGUGGUAUGCAGCGGUGACGCAGGUAUUCUUUUCCCUGACAGUGGGUUAUGGUGUUAUACCGAUGUAUGCGUCGUUUAAUCGAUUUCAUCACAAUAUUAAAAGAGACUGCACUAUUGUAACAACAUUGGACACAUUUACAUCCCUACUCUCGGGUAUUGUAAUUUUUGGCAUCUUAGGCCAUCUGGCUCACGAAUCUAAUACAAAUGAUAUAAAAAGUGUCGUAAAAUCUGGUCCCGGUUUGGCAUUUAUUUCCUAUCCAGAUGCCAUCGCUAAACUGCAAGCUGCUCCCCAGGUCUUCUCUGUCCUCUUCUUUUUCAUGUUAUUCACACUGGGAGUAGGCACAAUUACCGGUGUCUUCUCCACUUCCAUCAAUGUGAUCUGUGAUCGUUUUCUUUCGGCAAAACGUUGGAUUGUUGUAAUCGUCAUGGCUAUCAUUUGUUAUUGUGUCGGUUUGAUGUACAUCACUCCGGGUGGACAAUUUAUGUUGAACUUCAUAGAUUUCUAUGGAGUUACCUUUAUAGCCAUUGUUUUGGCUAUUGUGGAAUUGAUUACAGCUGCUUGGAUUUAUGGCAUUAAAAACAUUUGUCGUGACAUUAAAUUUAUGCUGGAUAUCAAGACAUCGAUAUAUUAUCGUCUAUGUUGGGGCAUUAUAACCCCAAUAUUUAUGACAGCGAUAUUAAUUUACAUGUUGGUCGAUUAUAAGCCGCUGACAUACAAUGAUGUUCCAUAUCCAGAUUAUUUAUAUGUUCUUGGUUGGUGUAUAUCCGCCAUAGGCAUUUGCCAAUUAAUUAUCUGGGCCGUUUACACAAUUUAUGAAGCACCAGAAUUGAGUUAUUGCGAGCGCUUUCAAAAUGGGUUUAAGCCUCUCUCGGAUUGGGGUCCCCUUGAACCUGAAAUACUAAAAGAAUAUAAACGUUAUGUGGAUGAUCAAAAGAGAAGUUCUGUGUCGAUUCAAAAAAAGACACUUUGGUCGAAAUUCUGUGAUAAUGUUUUUGGUUAA